UGUUAUCAUAUUUAGCUGUAAGUGACAUUAUAAAACAAAAAAGAAUUUUACCCGGAGACUAUUAUGUUUGCGUCGUCCUCUUUGUUAACGUCUUAAUGUACAAUCGUGAAUAUCAUUUUAGUGUUAACAUGUAAGGUUGUUCUUGGAUUGGAUCACUGGUUGUUUAACAGUAAAAUGAGACAAUAAAACGAGACCACAGAACAUUGGAUGCAAUAUAUUAUUUAUGAUUAGGCAUAUCAUCAAAUUAUUACAUUAAGUUAUAACCAUAUUUGACACUUUAUAUUUGGGAUAUAAAAUUUGAAUAUCUUCAGCAAAAUGGCUACAAAUUAUUUGAGAGCUUUUACUGUGCGAAAUAAUGUUUAUAAAGGGAAAAUAUUAUCUUAUGCUCUUACUAAUUAUAACAGUCUUGCAGAGUUAAUAUGGAUUAAAAUGAUGAGCAAUGGAGAUAAAAUUGCACACUUAGAUGCAUGCACUGAGAAAGUAGUUACGUAUACAGAGCUACAAGACAAAGUAGUAAGAUGCGCGUUGUGGCUAAAAAAACAAGGAAUCAAAUCCGGCGAUGUUGUCAGUGUGUGUACACAUAAUCAUCUUAAUUCCAUUGUGCCCUGCUUGGCAGCAAUUUAUAUCAACGCGAUCUUUAAUCCGUGGAAUGAAAACAUAGACUUGCAAACAGCAUUGCAUGUCAUGCAACUGACUACUCCGAAAGUGAUCUUCUGCAACGAGAAAGUCGUAAACGUUAUUUUAAGAGCAACAAAAGAGAACUGCUUCAAUCCCAGUGUUGUGGUUUUUGGCUAUUAUUCAGACGCAAUCAUGUUUUCCGAUAUUUUAAACAUGCACAGCGAUGCGGAAGUAGCAAAUUUUCAAUAUGUCGAGCCUGAUAACAUCAAACAAACAGUAUGCAUUAUACACACAUCAGGCACCACUGGAAUGCAUAAAGGCGUCGAAAUGUCCCAUUACGCUCUCUUAAUUACCAGCGAGAAUACAAACAUGAGUUUAACCAAUACAGUUUGGUUCUCAUCACUCCAUUGGAUCGGCGGAAUAGUAAUGAACCUAAAAUCGAUCGUGCAAGGCAUCAAAGUGAUCAUCUACCCGGAAUUUGAGGAAGAGAUGACAUGCAAACUAAUCGAGAAAUAUGAGGUAAGAAUACUUUAUAUAAGCUCGAGCAUGCUCAAUCGAUUUUGUAAAUCAAGUUAUGUAAGAAAGUAUUCAUUAUCAUCUUUGGAAGUUAUAAUUUGUGCCGGUUCGGUAAUUAAACCAAUAGUAGAAGAAACGAAAUGUAUCUUAUCGCAUAUUCAGAUAUUACAAGGUUAUGGAAUGACAGAAAUCUGUGGAUUCGGUACAUUGCAGCUUCCGAAUCAUAAGACUGGAUCUUGCGGGACUGUAAUCAGAUAUGUGGAAAUAAAGAUUGUAGACCCAAAAAACGGAAAAGUUCUUGGUCCGAAUAAUCCGGGAGAAUUGUGGAUAAAGACACCGACUAUGAUGACUUGCUACUACAAAAAUCCUGAGGCGACUAAAAGCAUUAUUGAUGAGGAAGGAUGGCUGCAUUCCAGUGACAUUGGUUAUUUCGACGAAGACGGAGAACUUUUUAUUAUCGAUAAAAUGGACGAAUUUAUAAAGUACAGAGGGUAUCAAAUUUCACCUAGAGAAAUUGAAGGUAUUUUAGCGACACAUCCAGCAGUGAUAGAAGCUGCAGUAGUAGGAGUACCUCAUCCAGUAUAUGGUGAACAUCCUGUUGGUUUUGUUACAAAAAUACUCGGUGAAAAGGUGACAGAGCAAGAAUUAAUAGAGUUAGUGUCCAAUAACAUGAAAGAUCAAUAUAAGCUUCGAGCUAGAGUAAUAUUUCUAGAUGCUUUUCCAUAUACUGGUUCAGUAAAAAUUGCCAGAAUAGAAUUGAAAACAAAAGCUAGAAAACUGGCAAAUGUAUACAAUAAUUAAUUAUAUUUAAUUACUGGUUAUUAUAUACUAAUAAACUUUGAGGGUAUAUCGAAGCCUAAUCUACGGAUAAUCCCUCUCUCUAGUGCGGACAGCGCGAGCAUAUGGACGUUGGCUUACGUAGCGAGCGAAUUAAAUAUAUAGUUAAGUAUCUCUAGACCUAUGUUAGUUAUUAAAAAAGUUUUGAAUUUUGAUAGUUGCAUAAUUCCUUUUGAUUAAUUAUCAUUGUUCUAAUAUGUUUUUGCAUAUUAUAGUAGUUUCUUAAAUUAUCUGAUUGCUUUUCUCUUAAGCGCGCGUGCUUCGAUAAUACCGUACACGCGAGCCUAACGUUUGAAAAAUUGUGAACGUAAUUUAUUUUCUUUGUAAAUCACCUUUUUCUUGAAUAAAUUGAUUGUGAAAAUAUAUUAAUGAAA